UCCGCGCGGGGGCCCGGUUAGAACGCACGCAACAUUUAUACGUUUUCAUUUUUAAACCAUUAAAAACAAAGGCAAAAAGUGUCUUUGUGCAAUCGUUCUUGUUAAGUGUUUCGUUAUUUUGUGUUACUUAGUGAAAAAACAAGACCUAAUCAGUCGGAGCUAGAACUCAUGUCCUUGGAGAGAAACUGAAUAAGACUUGUUGCAUACAGCGGUCCAAAUAUCAAUAACAUAUGCUAUCUGUGGUCAGAUUCAUUUGCAUCAGAGCAUCGCUCAGUCAGACCUCGCAUUCGUUGCGUGCGGACGUCUUGUGAAUUUUUAAAGUGAAGUGAAGUGCUCUGUAAAAUGGACGGGCCCUUAGUGACGAGUUAUAGCGAGGAUUUUAGUGGUAAAGGGAAGAAUUCAAGAAUGUCUACCCUGCUCUUCUGGCAGGGCAAAGGCAAGGCGAACGGUACCCCAAAUGGCAGGAACUGGAUACACGCACCAGACGCGUUGGUGAAGGGGCAUGUGGCGUAUUUGGUUAAGUUCCUCGGCUGCACACAUGUGGAUCAGCCGAAAGGGAUUGAAGUGGUCAAGGACGCCAUCAAGAAGUUGCAAUUCACGCAGCAACUGAAGAAGUCGGAGACAAAAGAUGCUGCCAAAUGCAAAAAGGUGGAGAUCACCGUGUCUGUAGAUGGAGUGGCUAUACAGGAGCCACGAUCGAACAACGUGAUGUAUCAAUUUCCACUUCAUAGGAUCUCUUACUGCGCUGAUGAUAAAGGGGCGAAGAAGUAUUUCUCUUUUAUUGCUAAAGGUGGUAGUACAGUCAACGGUGUAAAUGGACACGAUACAAAUAUGGAGAAACACGAAUGUUUUGUGUUUAUUUCGACGAAAUUGGCUUCGGAAAUCACCUUGACUAUUGGACAGGCGUUUGAUCUGGCAUAUAGGCGCUUUUUGAAUGACAACGGGAAGUAUAUAGAGUUGCAGAAGUUGACGCUCCAAAACAAAAAGCUGGAAUUGCAGAUUACAGCAUAUAAGAACCGAUUACAGGAGCUGUCAAGGAUAACAUACAAGGACGACUUGUCCGCGUACCUCAGUCGCAACAAAAUAUCGGACAUAGUGGAGUUCAAAACGCCACCGGAGUUGGAGAAGCAGAUCUCGUCUCUGAGUAUUGCAAAUGGUUUUGGGUGUAAUGGGAAGGUGACUGAGUUUGGCGCAGAUGCGAUGUCAAACAACUCGACGGACACCAACAAUUCGAAUGACAAUAAUUUGUUGUUGUCAACUCCGCCACCAGUUCACAACAAUAAGACUGGUAUGCUCCUGGGUGACUUGUCUCCAAGCAAGACUCCAUCGGUAGGAACCAAACUGGAGGGUCUCCUCAUGAACUCGGACUCUGAUAGUGAAUUCGAUCCCCGUGCCUACGAAUCCGAGCCUGUGUCGCGAUUCAACUCUACCAUAGAGAGUCCAACGCCAAUUCUCGCUCCACCGCCAAAAACGCCGAAACGUCAAAACCAAAACGGGAAUGACCCGUUCGGCUCGACGCCGUUCACAGUCCCGGCUCAGUCGUUCGCUCCCAAGCCGAAUUAUGACAUUGACUUGAACCUUCAAACGUCAGUGUUCACGUCGCCCAAUCUGACAGGCUAUGACCCGUUUGACACGCAGAAGGCUGGCAUAUUCGGUUAUGGCAACAACUUUAAUGGAUUCACCAAUUUGAGCGAGAAGCGGGAGUUGGAUAGAGGAUUUGACGGGUUUCUGGAUAAGACCAUUACGGAAAUGAAGGACGGCUUCAGCAGAGGGAUCAGCUUUGGAAACGACGAUUUUUCAAUAGACAACCUCGAUCCUCUGAAGAAAAAUUAACUACGAAUGAGACAAAUUAGUUACAUUUAAGGCAAUAUAAAAUAUUUCUAAGCCUAUGUAUUAUAAGAUGUUACUCGGGGGUUAAUACUAUUAUAGUAAUCCACAGAUAAUUUAAAAAAAAUAGUUGCGAAAGCAAUAUAUUCUAUAUUUUUUUAAAGGCGGUCUUAUACACCCUUAUCGUGUAUGUCAUCUCCAUACAAAUUGGUUCAUCGUUUGGCUAGAUAGGUACAAGCCCCAAGGCUAACUUUUGAUUAUAAAAGGUA